AAUGUCGCCCGGCCUUAGUAUGCAGCCGCCAUGGGGAGACGCCUAAUUUCAGUACCCAUUUCUCAGUCGCUUUUGUAUUGCAACUGCCGUCGGCCAUGCCAUGCCGCAUUGACGGGGACGGAAGCCAAUGCCGUCCAGUAAAAACCGCGUCAUCACUCAAUAUUCCCGACCCCGCCCACAGAAUCGGCGACUCCUCGUCGCGUACUAAACUUGCCAGCUGAGCUGUCAGGCCCAUACGCGGCAUUGCGACAUUGCGACAUUGCAUAGCUGCUGUCAUUGCCGCCUGUAUUCAGGGUUGGGUUCAGGCAUGCGCUUUCUGACCCGUGGUCGCUCCUCGAUGGACGAUUGCUUACCCAAUCGAAAUUCGAUUGCGCCUGCGAAUAAGCGACGCUUUGCGACCGCAUCGCGACGCACUGCGGCUACCACGCAACCGGCGGCGUUUGCGACAUUACGGCACGUUGCGACGCCAUCACGCCCGGCGCGAUUACCGUGUGCGACGCAGGCAGUCGCAAUCAUCGCCGCGGCGUGCCUGCUCGCGACGUUCGCGGUCACGCCAAGCGACGCCGUCCCCAUUCACGAGUCGCAGAAGAGCGCGCUGGGCGUCAUCCUGGGUCAACAGCAGGGCUUGACAGGCGCGUCCGGGGGAACGGGCGGCACUGGCAAUGUGGCGGGCGGCACUGGUGGUGGGACGGGCGGCAGUGGCUACGGUGCAGCCGGCGGCGGUCAGGGGGGGGGAGGAGAGGAGGUGGAGGAAGACUGCGAGCUUAUAAGGGAGAUAGAGUGCGACACGCAGGGAUAUGUGACGUCCCUAAAGCUCGCAUCCAUGCUGUCGGUACCUGAGGAUAUUCAAUCCCUCGUGCGCCUGCAGACGCUAAAGCUCUUUUCAAGCUCGAUACCACCGAUCCGCAUGCCAAGCAUUCCUUCGGUCAUUGGACAACUUUCCUCCCUCACCUCGCUGGACCUCUACCAAAUGGUGGCGGGGGGAUCAUUCCCGAUAACCAUGUCUAGGCUCAAGAGGCUCAAAUCGCUGAGCAUGGUUGGGAUCACCUUAUCCAGCACCAUUCCGCACUUCUUCUCCUCCCUCACUGCCUUGACGCAGCUCAAGCUUGUUGGGGCGGGCCUCCACUCAUCCCUUCCCGCGGGCUUCUCACGCCUUACCAACCUCAUGAUGCUCAUGCUAUCCAGCAACAACCUCACGGGCUCCCUCACUCCCCUCACUGGCUUGAGACGCCUGCAGCAUCUCAACGCCAUUCACAACCACUUCUCUGGCAGCAUCCCAUCGACCAUCAGCCGCCUCUCAGACCUCUCCUACAUCUGGCUCGACAACAACACCAUCACCGGCUCGCUACCAGCCUCCAUUUCCAAACUCCAAGCGCUGAUGUUUCUGAGUGUGCAGGGCAACCGGCUGACAGGGAGCCUGCCUCAAGCCACUGGGAAGCUCUCCGGCCUGCAAGGACUUGACCUCUCUCGCAAUAGCAUCUCUGGGUCCCUGCCGUCUACAAUUGGCAAACUCAGGCAGCUCGCUUACAUCCGUCUUGACGACAACAGCAUCACUGGUACCAUCCCUCUCGCCUUCUCCGCUCUCACUGCAUUAUCAUUCCUGUCGGUCCAGAGCAACAGGCUGCACGGAAACAUGCCGUCCUUUCUAGCGCCGUUGCCAGGGCUGAAGUACAUCUAUCUCGAGGACAAUCGCCUCAACGGCUCGCUGCCUGCCAACCUUGCUGACUUCUCCGCCCUUGCAGUUCUAAGCCUUUCCAACAACUUGCUUCAAGGCCCCCUUCCACCAUCCAUGGCUGAUGCUCCGCGGUUGAAAAUUUUGCUCGUAGCCCACAACAACCUCUCAGGGACUCUCCCACAGCCGUCCUUCAGAAACCCGGCAAUGUCUAUAUUCGAUGUGCAAAACAACGCCCUGUCUGGCCCGGUUCCAGAUUCUGUUUUCAGCGGCUCACCCAAUCUCUACAGCCUUCAGCUCGCUGGGAACAACUUCUCAGGGGCUGUUCCUCCGCUGCUUGCUCAGCUGCCCACCAUUGUGCUCCUGAGCGUCAGCAGCGGCAUGGAGUGCCCCUCGCUUCUCCCUGCCUGCACCACCACCAUCCGCGCUCUCCUCGCUUCCUCUGCUUCUCCUCCUGCCUUCUGCUCUGUUUGCCCCGACUUCUGCAUGCACAUCCCUUCCCCCUCCAUCCCCACCACCACCAUCCCCACCACCACCAUCCCCACCACCACGAUCCCCACCACCACCAUCCCCACCACCACCAUCCCCACCAUUACCAUCACCAUCAUCACCACCAGCACCAGCACCAGCACCAGCAGCAGUAGGCCACUAGCAGCAGCGCAAAUAGCAGCACCACCAGCAGCAGCGCAAAUAGCAGCACCAGCAGCAGCAGCAACACCAGCAGGGGCACUAGCAGUAGGACCAACACCAGCAGCAGCGUCACUGCUAGGAGCGCCGGCAACACCGGCAACACCACCAUCAUCAUCACCAUCACUGGCACCACCACCAGCAACACCAGUACCAUCGGCCCCCUGAGGUUAAUAAGAGCAGCGUCACAUGUGGCGGCAGCACCACCAUCACCACCACCGUCAGCCUUAUUAGCGCCAGCGUUUGACCGUCCGACUGACCCCUUUUCACAACCCAUUCCACUCACGCAUUACACCCAUGAAUCCCCCUCACCCCCCAUUGAUUCCACUCACUCCUACCAACACCCAUUAAUCCCACCCACUAAUUAAUUUCUCGCACUUAUCCAGCGCCUGUUACUGACCCCAUUAGAAGACACUAUGUCUAGGGCCUCAGAAGUCAGGCCAAAAAGGCCUGAAAGCCUGUAUAUCUGGGUUUUUUUUUGGCAUACCCUGAUUUUUCAGGUUUUGAUUUUUAUCAAACCUGAAAAUUGUGUGUUCCAUUUUCUAAGGCCUGAAAAAUG